AUGACGGCUGAAUUUCCACCAUCGGAGGCUACCCGUGUGGUGCAACGCAUUUCUGAAAUUCUAGUUUCUCGCAAUGAAACUAUAGCCGUUAGUGAAGCCGCCUGUGGUGGCCUACUCUCCAGCUAUUUGGUUUCCGUUCCUGGCGCGUCGCAGUGGUUCCAUGGAGGAACUAUGGUAUAUAGUUUGAAAAGCAGGCUGAAGCUUAGUGGUUGGAGCGAGCAGGAUAUUCAUGACUACACGGGCCCCAGUGUGGACGUUGCCCUGCGAUUGGCUCGAAAUCUGAAGUUUGAGCUCGGUGCCAGUUACACACUGUCCGAAACGGGAUACGCUUCGCGCUCUCCCAAUCUAACCUCUUCAAAUCGAGAACAAAAUGUAGGAGUUGUUUGUUAUGGUGUUUCCGGUCCUCACGAAGACAUUUCAGCCACCCACGAUACGGGCAGUGAAGACAGGUGCUACAACAUGCAACAAUUUGCCAUUCACGGUCUUAAGUUCUUGCUAGAACAGCUCGAAAAAACACACGCUGAGAGACAAACCAAGGAAGAGGUGGGCCCAGCCACAGACCAAAAAUCUCUAGUGAGCCCCAGCGGAGCACAACCAACAAAGCAAAAAGAAACUGACGAACCUAAGACCAAGAAGAAAAGGUCGAACCAACCCUAA